GAAAAAAAAAAAGAAAUCGAAUAGCUUCUAUUUUUCUAUUUGCACAUUGCCGCUCAGAGCGGAAGUCUAUUUUUUCAUACCUCGCGAACUGUACUUUGCUCAAGAAGGAACCGAAAGAGUCGGUCAAGCAAUCGGGAAUAUGAAAAACGGGAACACGAUCGAUUUACCAGCGAGAUCGAGAAAGCGCGCGUAUGCGAAAAUCCACGCGCGAAGAUCUACGCGCCGAAGAUCAACUAGAGGAACACGUCCGGAAGAUAAACGCGCCGAUGCGCUGCAAACUUUGUGCCGGAAACGGCUUUACCCGGCGUAUGAUUCGCCACGGCUGCGGCGCAUCGAUCGCCGAUGCAUUUCGACGGCUCGGACACGUUUCCGGCGUCGAAGGGCCAAGGUCGACUUCACUUAAUCGCGGGAUGGACGAUCACGGCAAUGCCCGUCGACGUCUCACCGGCACGCAGGACAUUCGCAGGGUCGGGAUUGGAGAUAGACAAGAUGGACCAGCAGUAUUGUCUACGGUGGAACAAUCAUCCAGCCAACCUCACAGACGUUCUCAGCUCCCUGUUGGCCAGAGAGGCACUCUGUGACGUGACCCUGGCCUGUGUCGGAGAGACCUUCAAGGCGCACCAGCCAGUACUAUCUGCAUGCAGUCCGUAUUUCGAGAGCAUUUUCCUACAAAAUACCCAUCCCCAUCCAAUAAUAUUCCUCAAGGAUGUCAAUGAGACGGAAAUGAAGGCAUUGCUGCACUUUAUGUAUAAGGGCGAAGUCAAUGUUAGUCAGCAUCUGCUGCCCAUGUUCCUUAAAACUGCGGAGGCAUUGCAGAUCAGAGGCCUCACCGAUAAUAGUGUAAAUAACAAGACAGAGGAGAAGAGCCCAUCACCAGAGCUAGAAACGCAAACUGGAAUCAGACAUAGCGAUUCGCCUAACCUCCAGUCCCAUCCUGAGAAAAGGAAAAGAAAGCAUUCGGGCAGCUAUGAUGUUUCUCUUUCUGGUCCACCUAGUGAAAGAUUCUUGUCUGAUUCUCAGACAUCCUCGCAGUGUAGUUACAAAUCAAGUCCUCCUGUGAUUCCAAAGUUAAAUAAUGCCCUGGGAGUUGAGAUGGAAGAUGGUGGUCGACCUAUGUCCCCUGCUUCACAACCGCAGGCUCCUAUAAAACAAGAGGUGGAUCACCACUUGCCCGACUUCCAUGACAAUAUUUCCCUCCCCGGUCAUCCAGUUGGACUUAUAGGAGAAGAUGGAGGGGCUACGGCAGGAGCGCUCAGUGAUGGUGUUCAAGGGAUUGAAUCGUCCGAGCACCAUAAUCCCCCGGAAAUGCUCGACGGACUUGAUGGUUCAAAAGCCUGGCACAUGCGGCUGACCUUUGACCGGGUGCCAGGCGGCUGCAACCUUCACAGGUGCAAGCUGUGCGGCAAGGUCGUGACGCACAUCAGGAACCACUACCACGUCCACUUCCCCGGCAGGUUUGAGUGUCCUCUCUGUCGUGCCACGUACACACGUAGCGACAACCUGCGCACGCACUUUAUCAAACACCCCGAAGCGAGAAAGAUCGAUCUUAAUGACUUUAUGGCGGGCUCGUUGGCGCUCUCAACGGGCAACGACACCAUGAACACGCUAUCCUAAAGACACCGGAAGGGAUAUAAGAAAA